AUGCCCGCGUCGUACAUCUGCUCUGCAUGUCGAGCAGGUCUAUCCCACUCCAGGAUCCGCGCCGCUCGAUGGAUCGCGUAUACUGCCAAGAGAAAGCAGACGACUGCUGCAUAUGGAGCUCCUGAGCAGAGCCUGGGCAAUGGCAACGGCAACGCUCGGAGUAACAGAAGGACGGAAGGAGAGGACAACGGACAUGGCGCGGUCAUAGGACGGUAUUCUGGAAAAGAGCUGAGGCCUGAGCAUCUUUUGAAUCAACUGGACAGGCCAUGGCGGUCGCCGGGAGAUUCGAAGCAGACGACCCGCCCGUAUGAGCCCAGCCAAGCACACCAGCCGUACAAUGGUGGUCAGGCUCGCACGAUACGGGACUACUCGCCCGAAUUGGCCUCCAGAGUGGAUGCGUUUGUCCUUUGCUGCGACCAGGGAGGCUUCGCAGACGCUUGGGCGGAGCUGCGCGAAGCGGCCGCUCUAUGCUCUGAACUUCCGCCUGAAGCAGUCCGCUCUCUGUAUACACGUGGCAAGUUUGUGGGUGCAUUGAGAAACUUCUCACAGACCUACACCAAGCAAUGGCUAGCCUCGCUUGCUGCACAGGUCAAGGAUACCGACCUUCCCCCAUCCUUUUCCCCCUUCCAACUUUACUGCGUCUUGUACGACAUCCAGGCUCGAAUGCUGUUCACUGAAAUACUGUGGCAGCUGGCGAGUGGUAUCGCGGAGCUGCGCUUCUCACGCUCUCCCGACGCAAAUUUGGCCGAGCCGUUAAGAGAGUUGACGGCAAUGUGGAGGGUUUGCUUGGCCGCUCGUCUUGUCAGACAAUCUCGUCGUGACGAACAGCCUGGAGAAGCAUAUCUUUCUGUCCAAUCCAGCUCAUCCCUGCCCACGCACUGGGAUUUCCUCCCUCCUUUGACAAUCUUCGCAACUUGGCGUUCAGAACGGGCGACACAUACGAUGUUUCAAGAGAUGCUCGACAUGCUUGUUCCGGAGACGAAACCGAGCCGUGAAGUUACUCAGAGAGUCGCCGAAAAGACUUCAACAUUGGGCUCUCAAAAGUCUGACUAUACGAGUGCAGCGUUGAUCACUCUAGACUUGCUUCGCGUGGUCGUUGUGCCGCGCCAAGAUGGUUCUUCUGGGUCACUCGCCGAAGCACUAGACUGCGCUCCUCUUGUAUCGCUUUGGGAGGCCAUGCUUGAGAUGGCACCUCCGCCCAGCGUGCCACCCCGUCUUCGGGGAAAAGUGACCGAUAGCCGAAACAUUGCUCUGCAAGAGCAAUACAAAGCUAUGGCCCUUCGUUUAAAUCUCGAAGCCAUCCCAUCGCGGAGCCAGAACCAAACGUCCGUCCUGCCAAGAAGCAACAUGAGGCUCAAUUCAGGUUUCGAGGCCAAUGCUCACGGGCCGCAAACUUCCUCUGAUGCCCGCCAACAGAGUGCAAUGGACGACGACGACCCUGCUGAGCUUCAAGAACACUCUGAGCUCUCUGCAAUCGAACGUUUCACGCUUUUGAAUAAGACUAGGCUGGCGCGCGCAGUGGAGCGAAAGAACAUGUAUUCCGCGGACAAAAUCCGCAGAGAGAUUCUGCUUUUCGCUGCCUCUCAGGAUAACAACAAGACUGCGCUUCCAUUGGAGAUCUACGAACACCUGAUGUACAGUUUUCUGGCUCUCCGGAAUGCUAAAGGUGCUAUGGAAAUCUGGCAAUACAUCCUACAAGUCGGAUAUAAGCCGACGGUCAAGACAUACACUAGUAUGAUGAGAGGGGCGGUAUUUGUUAAAGAUCAAAGUGGGAUGGAAGCGCUCUGGUUGAGAAUGCGCGCGGACGGCAUACAGCCUGAUGAGCACGCAUGGUCCGUCCGGGUGUACGGGAUUCUGAAAGUACGUAAGCGAGUCGAUGAGGGAAUCGAGACUCUUAUGCAGAUGGGCCGGGAAUGGUUUGCGGCUGCGAAAGCUCAAUAUGCUCGCGAGACGGGCAAAGAAAAGAAGCAGCAGGCCGCAUCGAACAAAGAUCUAGCGGCGGAGCUGCUUGCCAGGUAUCCUGGAUCUGUCAACGGAGUUCCUCGACCUAAUCUGGUGGUAAUGAACUCUGCCAUCUCAGCGCUUGCCAGAACGGAUGACAGGCCAAUUUCAAAGGUACUGACAUGGGGGCUCUCGUUUGGGUUGGAGCCUGAUGUCGUGACCUACAAUGCUCUGCUGAACGUAUCCAUGCGACACUACCGCGCGGAAGAAGCGACAAAACUCGUCCGGCGCAUGCAGGAGCGCGGUGUCGCUCCCACCAGCGAGACUUGGACCGUUCUUUUAACGUCCCUUUUCCAGGGCGGCUUCCUCGAAGAUCUUGACCACAUGCAGCAACAAGAAAGGAUUCUAGCGUUCAUCGACUCCUUGAAGGUCGACAAUGCAUCUGCUGCCCCCAUCGACGACAAGGGCUACGCAAUGAUCAUCAACAACCUUCUAAAGCACUACGGAAACCACACCGCCGCAACCGCAAUCCUCAACCACAUGACGCGCGCCGGCCGCGAACCCACCUCACACAUCUACACCAUCCUCAUGACCUCCUACUUCCAACGCCAACCCCACCCCGACUUCGCAGCCAUCGAAGCCCUCUGGUCACAAAUCGCCGCCGGCAACAAAGGCUGGGGCAACAAAGUCGAUAGCAUCUUCUACGACCGCAUGAUCGAAGGGUACGCCCUCCAUCAUCGCAUCGUCGGCAUGCGACCUGCUCUGGAGUUUUUGAAGACCGCGAGGUACGCGGGCCAGAAACCGGGAUGGAAAGCCUUGGAGGCUAUCUCGAGGGCUCUGGCGGAGAGGGGACAGUGGGAUCGGUUGAGGGCUCUGGUGGACGAUGUUCGGACCAGUCUGAGGGAAGCGAGGGGUGGGACGCAGAGCUUUAUGCAGAAUCAUUUCUGGGAUUUUAUUAUUGAGACGGGCAUCCUGAGAGAGGAAGGGAUCACGAGGCCGGAGGAUCUGGAGCGGAUGCCGGGCCCGAGCCCUUUGUUGGCGGUUGAGAAUUCGUGA